CAUUUAUGUCAAUUAGUAAAUAUGGCGUCGCCCUUUUAUAACUACUUGUCGAGUUUGUGUUCAUAAAUGAGUUGAUUGACGCCUGUUUUACAAAGUCUGCAGUAUUAGCAAGAUAAUUGAAGAAUAUUUCAAGUUAUCGAACUAUCAAGAUGAACGUUCAAGUCCAAGAAGUGCAUGUUUUGAACCCAGUUCGUCCCGACCAUACAAUCCUACAGAAUGCCCUGGUUCAGUUACAAACACCACAGGAGCAGCAACAGAUGCAUGAGCCGAUGACGGCGACGAUAAGCGUGGAAGUACAAUCGCUGCCCAGUGGAAAGUCAAAGAUCAAAACUAAAACGGAAAAGAAAGAAAAGAAAAAAGAGGCGAUUGACGGACAAGCCAGAGAGAUCAUUUUCAAGGUUAUAAAAUUUUUUGAAACCGAAAAGCAAAACAGAGGCUACUCGUUUCCUGUAGAAAAUGUCGUGAAACGAGCUUGCGCGGCCACAGGCUUGUCAGAAAGUACCAUAAAGCGUAUCAAAAGGGACGGAUUGAGAGCCGAAGCUACGCAGACCAGAAUUCCGGGUCCGAAGAAAAAACGAGUCAGAAAAACGAAAGUGCAGCUCGACUACUUCCAACUGUGCGCGCUCCGCGGCAUAGUGAACAGCUACUCGGUGAGGAAAGAAGUCCCGACGCUUAGUAAAAUCUUAGCAGCGGCCAAACACGAGUUGAACUACAGAGGCGGUAAGGAGAGUCUAAGGUUAAUAUUGUUGAAUAAGCUCGGUAUUAAGUUUAAGAAGUGCGAGAAGAAGAAUAAGAAGCCUCCGGAGUUGCCGCAGCAACAACAACAGCCGCAGCAGCAACAACAACAGCAGCAACAGCAGCAGCAACAACAGAUGCCUCAGGUCCAGCACAUGAUGGCCCCACCUCCUAUGCCUCCGAUGAAGCCUUUAGAGACGCAGUGUGUCUACGCCACCAUGAUGCAGCAGGUGCCUCCAGUCUCGUACUAGACUUUAAUAAAACAAAGCCUGUAACUAGUAUGAACUGCCAGAUUUCUCAUUUCAUAUGUAUGGCUAGAUUAGAAUAGAAGCAGGUAUUAUUUUGCUUUUUAAUGCAAGUGUCCAGUGCAUUCUU